AUGGGACGAAACCUGCAACGGAUCCGCUGUCAACGUACUGUGGACAACGACAACUGUACUGCCGUUGCCUGCUCGCCUAAAAUAUUCGGGGAUAGCACCAACUACUACGAGACUACCAUUUGCUACUCGACGGACAGAUUAUCGUACAGCCCGAUGGAAGACCUUUUCCUCGGCCAAACGUUCCUCGAAGGCCAAGCGUACGGCGACAAUAAUUGUACGGACGAAGCGUACAAAUACCGUCAAGGGCUACUUGUUGGGGAGUGUGAGCCGUUCACGACGAAAGACAACUACAUGUAUAGCGUCAGUGCCACGCUCGCAAGCAAUGGAUCAGUGGUCAUGUCUAUAUACAACAACACAGCGUGCACCGAUCUACCGAUAACAACCUACGCGCUGAGAAGCGAUACCUUGGCUAGCCAUCUCUGCUACAAUGAUACCGGUCUUCCUCACGUCGUCAGCUCCAUUGUCGGAUUCCUGCAGCUCGACGACAACAGAUCGGGGUUUCUAGCGCGGCGAACGAAUUUGGUGAUGUUGGAUUACUUGCAAGUGGACGUCUACCUUGAAUCCGACUGUAAGGAUUCAUACGGUCAAGACGCUCUGCUCGCAUCGGGGCACUCUGGUGACGGGAGUUCUGUCACGGCAUAG